AUGGCUGAAGGUAUAAUGCCACCCGGCUACUACCGGCCUCAUCACCCCAUCCUGAGCCCCGGGACGGGGGUGGGGGGUGGGCCGGGGCUAAAUCACCACACCGCUACUGGGACGACGGCACUGGGUCCCAGCAGUGGAGACCGAGGGGGGACUGGAUCCCAGGGGAGCGGGUCUGGAGGGGGAGGGGGCAGUGGAGGAUCCUUCCUGGGUUCCCUGUUCGGGAGCAAGCGCUCCAGCACCAAGCCCCCUGGUCCUCUCACCCCUCUCCUCCCACCUGGGCUGCCACACUACCCUGCACCUGUCCCCCCGCCCACCACCGGCGGCCCGCCCCCACACUCCCCCUCCGCCCUCAGCCACUCCGACCCAGGAGGGCCCUCCAAGAUCCAGGCCCUGCACGCCCAGUACUGCCACAACAGUAUCGCGGGGCAGCAGCCUCCUCCACCCUACCACCACCACCACCACUACCACGCCCAGACAGGGCCCGCUCCCAGCCAGCCCUCCUCCACCGCCCAGGGGGCCCCUGGGCCUCAUACCAUCCACAGGGGCCCCAUGGUGGGGGACCCCAAGCGGCCGGGCCCCGGUCCCGUUCCCUCCCACCCCCAGCUCCAGCAGCUCUCCGAGCCUCUGCUGGCCCAGCUGCAGCCGCAUGGUGUACAGGGUCAGGGGGGGCGCUAUACCAACAUGGGGGGUUCUAUGGGGGUAGGAUGCCCCGCUCCGCCCCUUUCUCCACAUUCCCCUCUCUCCCCGGUGCCCCCAGCCCUCUACCACACACACGGUCGGGGAGGAGGAGGAGGAGGAGGAGGAGGAGGAGGCGGCGGCGCCAAGCUCCCUCUUACUCUCUCGCGCUCGCAGCCCCACCCUCACGCCCACACCCACGUCCCUCAUCUUACCGCUCAUUCCCACAACCACAACCCCCACCCCGGCCUGUCCCCCAGCCCUAUUACCGCCCAGCACCCUCAGCCCCACCCUCACGCCCACACCCACGUCCCUCAUCUUACCGCUCAUUCCCACAACCACAGCCCCCACCCCGGCCUGUCCCCCAGCCCUCUUACCGCCCAGCACCCUCAGCACCAGACUCACUUUAUCUUUGGCAUCCCGCCCCCACAGACCCCUACCGCCCGUCACAUCCCGCAGGCCGCCGCCCACAGCCACACCCAGUACCUCCCGCUCUCCUCCAUACCCCCUCCCCCUCUGCACUCCCCUUUACCCCCCCCUCUCUCCCCCUACACCCACCCCCUCCAGCAGCAGCCCGGCCAGCCGCCCCAGCUCCAGGGGUCUGGCGGGGGCAGCGCCAGCAGCACGGGCACGGGGAGCACCAGCAGCUCCAAGUCCAAGCCUAUCAACCGCAUCAGCACGGUGGUGUGA